AUGAUUAGGGUAAAGAAUAGUACCGUGACUAGAUCUGACGCUCCUGCCACGGUGAUUGUGAACAAGAGCAAAGUUGGUUUCGCCAAACUUCUGGCAAGUCGAACACGCUCGGGAUUACCCGUUGUCGUGCUUCUUCUGUUCGUCAUGGGCGUGGAAUCGAGAUUUGUAUCCCAGGUGCCAAGACUUCCCCCAGAGCUCCAAGACAUGAUCAUGGAUUAUUUACACGAUGACAAGCCGAGUCUAUUAUCGUGUUCCUUGGUCUGCCGCUGCUGGAUAUACUCCAGCCGCCACCACCUUUUGCAGAGCAUUUACAUUAUAGAGGGGAGAUGGGCAGGCCAUGGCGUGGUUCAGUUUGCAUCCUUCCUGGAGGAGCUUGUCAAAGCAGGGCGGGAUCUCCUCUUCAUCCCACACGUGCACGAACUACAUGUCUUGGGAACGAACGGCGACGUGCACACAUUGCAGGUUUUCGAACGUCCGAACGUUAGCUCAUGCGCCAUAGCCAGGAUCCUCACCCGCUUAUCCCGACUGCGCGGCUUGGAACUUGCCGGGCUGCAGCUGCAGAAGUCCGCGCAGAGUAACCUACCCUGCUCCAAGGCCGCGUUCAAACUUAGCAAACUCAGCUUGGCCAUGGUUUCUGGUAGUGGGGAGGAGUCGCUUGAGGACUUUCUCAGCGUUCUCAGACUCUUCCGACACGUCGAGAACCUACGGUUAUCAGGCGUCGAGCUAGAUGUAGAAGAUGAAGAUCAGGAAGGCGUCGCGCGGACGUUGUCCUCCGUCGAGCUCCCAAAGGACAUGUCGAUCAGAUUGCUCGUGCUCGACUCCGAUAGCCCGGGAGUCAAUCUGUUGUGCGAGCUCUUCCGCAGGGUAGUGGCUGUCGGGAUCCUCCAACGAUUAAGGGUGACGUGCCAUGAUCUAGUGGACGUCGCAGCUCUCGGCGAGUUGAUCAACACGACAGGGGUCAUGGACCUGGAACUCCAGUUGAACCCUGGGGUCCUCCAAGGAAUAGGCGGAGUUACUCCAGUCGACUGGAAAGCGUUUCAAUUGUCGUCGUGUCCUUACCUCAAAAGCAUCGGGUUCACCAUCGAUAGUCAAGACCUCGACCUAGUCUAUCACUUGCUCAAUGCCCAAAUCGACAUUCUCUCCAUCAUACCCAGCCAGGUUUCCAUCAUAAUUUUCAUAAUUUACAUCUACGACGGCGAGGCUUUCUUCAACGAUGUGGACAAAACAGAUUGGGCUCGGAUGGAUGCUGUGCUCGAUGAGUUUAGCAUGAAGCACGUGCUGUUUCAGAUUUGCGAUUUGAUGCAGCCUCCUCGCCGCCUUCUGCAAAACUGUCAGGACUUGCUUACAACGAAGUUGCCACGGCUCAAAAAGAGGAACUCGCUCCACUUGCGUUUCUUGGACGCCAGCUCUGAUGUGUAUGAACACUUGAAAUCGCAACAUAGAAACUCUUGA